CUAUGAUCAUUGGAAAAAUACCAGCAGCGAAGCCGAUUUUAAUAUCUUGUCCGACUUCUCGAAUGCCUUGAGUGAACGAUUCCUCGCCGUCCGAUCGUACACCCAACCACAUGAUGACACAGCCUUUUCGAUUUCGUUGGACGGGCCAAGGUCAUGACGAAUGUGCCAAGAACACGUUUGAUGCCACUAACUGGGAUGCUCUGCUUGACGUCACAAGAAAGUCGAGCGGCGAUGCCGAAUGUCUCUUCGAGGGCGACUUCCAUGCUGGCGGACGUCACAUCGUUAGACGCAUUGUGGUCCCAAGCAAACGGUGCAGAUGGAUCGCGCGGCUACCAAUCAUGCCUUCAUCGAACACAAAGUCGAACGGCAGUUGGUGGACAAGAGAACGACAGUUCACGAUGCAGAGCGAGAUUGCGACCAUGAAACACAUUGCUAAGACUACCAACAUUCCGGUACCCGAGGUUUUUGGAUAUAAUAUUUGCUUGGACGCGAAUCCCGUCGGCCACCCUUACAUAUUGAUGCAUUGCAUCGAGGGAAAUAUGAUCUUUGAUCUGGGUGGUCCGGGAGUGCUCAACCCUGAGCAAAGUGAGAGACUGCACCAGUCGAUAGCAUCGAUCCAGAUGCAUCGCUAAACCAGAUCGGCUGCCUGACAUUGGAUUCCAGUGGCAAUAUCGGCAUCGGGCACCUCCCCGCGGCCUUCGGCUUUCAAGGUCCAUUCAGCCUGCCAGCCGAUUAUUUCUCGUCCUGGGUCGGCCAGAACCCAAAAUUCA